AUGGUUCCAAAAUCUUCCUUGCAGUUGGUAGCGUUGUGUUGCAUACAAGUCGCGGCGAAGUAUGAAGAGACGGAGGAGUUAGUCCCGAGUCUUUCCAAGUUGAGAUAUUUCGGCUCGAAUAUUUAUUCCGUGGAUAUCAUUCGAAAAAUGGAAUUGGCCGUGUGCGUGGAGUUGAAAUGGUCCAUGGGCGUCGUGCGACCGAGUCACUUCAUCGAGGCUAUCUUGGCCUUAACCAGAAUGCCGGACGGUGGUAACGUCGAAUGGGCGCAGAUUUCCGAUAAGAUUGAAGACGUGAGCUAUGCGAUGUACCACGCGAUCGUUUCAGACGCGGAAGUUUCUUCAGUCAAACCGUCUCGACUUGCCUUGGCGUGCAUUUGUGCCGCGAGAUUACAAUUAGAGAGCGAAGGGUUUCUCUAUAACGAACCGAUGUUGACGGAUGAUUUGAAAUUGGCCGUCGGCGACGAUUCUUGGUUGGCCACGAACGAACUCGAGUUAUUUUCGCGAAAUAUCUUGGAACGAUACAAUUCAUCCACGAGUGAAAAUCAGCAGCAGCAACAACAACAACAACAACAACAACAGUAUACAAACACCGGUGAUAACAACAACGCAUACGCUGAUAACAAGGAUGUUGACGACGUAAAUAACGUACCAUCGUUUUCGUCUCAAGCUUCGCAAUGCGAGCACGCGAGUCUAGAAGAAGAGGAGGAGAGAAAAGAGGAAGAUGAUGACAUGGUGUACGAAGACGAAGAGGAGGCAGGCGAGGAAGGCGAUGAUGACGACGGUAUCGAGUGUGAUGACGAUGAUGACGAUAUUUCUCCGUACAACGUAAAUUCGAUGAUGCGACCGCCAACGGGAGAUAACGACUCCAUCGCCAAGCAACGACGAUCAAAAAAUCUCGUCCAUAUGAACGUUGAAAUGAUGAUGGAUAAGGAUCAUCCGAAGUCGCUCGCUUCACAUGCGGCGUCUUUUGAUUCUAUGAUUGAUAUUAUAUCGCCAACGUCGCCUUUGGAUGGACCAUGGUUCUAG